GCAAUCAUGGAAGAACGCAAAGCGACGCUUGAAGCUGGACUUCUUCAAUUGAAAGCAGCAGAAGUGGUCGACAGGCAGAGUCAGAGUCAGCUCGUGAGCGGAAGAAUGCAGAAGGAUGUAGACGUGUUGGGUAGUGGUGUAGGCGCGAGCAGCUUCGUUCGUCACGAUAUCGACUUGGACGGGCUGACGGUCGAUUGCCUGUACCGUGGAGACGCCGCUGAUAGUGAGCAGGAGACGUCUGAUGUAGACGAUGAGCCUCUGGAAAGGGCGGGUGUUUGGACUGAAGAAGAGGUGGCUGUUCUUACAAAACAGAAACUCGUUCAUCUUCAAGGUCUAUACAUCAACCAAUUCAAGCGUCUUCGUCAUGUGCUACAAGUGAGGUAUCGUCACUACUGCCGUGAGGUCGAACAAGCACGACGUGCAGCAACGUACAAUCUAGAGAAGACUUCAACGUCACAGUUUCUCAUUCCAAAGCAACAGUCUCAAGCAUACAGACGCUACAAGAGACGAUCGGGUGUAGAACGGUUGCUACAUCAACAGUCAAGAGAGAGACGAAGAGCAGCUGCUUAUGGAGAACAGACGACCAGCAAUGCCGCAGUUAGAAAGAGUCAAGCUGCAAAUAGUAGUCAACCGUGUGCAUUUAUCGAUCAAGAGAUUUCGUGUGUGGAUAUCAGCAUGCCUUUCUCGAAAUACUGUCACAAACACAUUUGUUCCGAUCCUGAUCAGCAACUCUACUCACGUUGCUCUUAUCAAUCCGCAUCUGGAUUACCUUGUGACACGCCUGUCUCUCGCUUUCAUAAAACUUCUCGCUGUCUACUUCACAUCGAACUUCCUGCGUUGCUAUCAAAUGAAAGUGCUGUCAAGGACAUUAUUCAGUUGGCAGAGCGUAUCAAUGAUAGUGAGAAGGUGCCUGAGACAUUGAGUCAGAAAACAGAGCAAUCGCCAUUGUCAUUUCGGAAGUAUCUCCAUCUUAACCUUGUAAGUGACAGAAUGACGCCGUCGCCGUUGGACAUAACCAGCAGUGAGAAAAGAGAUGGUGACACUCCUAUAGAAGAGUGUUUAAAGAGAGCAAGGCAGGUUUCUGUUGAUUCUGAGACAUCCGGGAAUUCACCUUCAUCUGGCAAUCUUUUUCUCGUGAAAUUGCAACCGAGGACAAUCGCUCAGUUGACUAAUGAACAGUUGCAGCGUGCAUCUGAGGAGCAGGGAGUCGUAAUCGGCAGUAGGGAGGGCAGCGUGUCACACGAUGAUGAGAAUGUGACCGACGAACAAACUCAAGCUUUAGGACAAACAGUGUCAUCAUCAAGUACGGAGUAUGCGAGUAGUUUAAUGACUUCUGUGGCUCCCACUGACACUAAGGAUUCAGAUCAUGAAUCGGAUCAUGCGCAACAAGCGGACAAGUAGACAUGCUGGUGAGUACGAGUAUGCAGCUGUUUGCAACUAACAAUGCAACAUAAGGAAAUUGCUACAAUACUACACACAAUUUGAAUUGAUAAGUGAGUGAUGUUGAGGCGUUUCUGAUGUUUUUGAAUGAGCAUUUGUCUUCUCACGAGAGAGGCCAAGGCUAGUGUAAAUUGGAGCUGUAGAUAAUGGCAAACUCUACUUGUAUGCUCAAAAGCAUUGUUGAUACUUGUAGGUGUAAUCAAAAAAUAUAUUUAUUUACCGACAACAUUAUCAUUGACAAAAACAGAAUUGGCAUCAGUUCCACUUAAAUUCAUACCAUGCACUGCAACAGCAGACCCAUUUCAAGUGUACGUAUUGCUGAAAUUGUUGAUUUUUGUCUUUGAAUUUUGAAUUGAUUUGCCAGGCCGUGCAAAUUGGCAUGCUUUU